AUGAACUCCCUCAUCUCUUUCUCUACUGUGGUGGGACUCCUGUUCACCGUUCUCGACAUACUGGCUGUGGGUCCGCUACGAUCGACGUCCUACGCGAUGACGACUUCAGGAUUGACUUUGGUUGUGGUCGCGGGAAGAUAUCUCGACAAAUUAUCCAGAAGACAGGCUUCCAAACAUCUCGUCAAGCUGUAUGAAGGACUCUCAGGUCGCGACUAUGUUAAAUUGCACCCAAGUGGCAAGAAAGUACCCAGCUCGUUUCUACGUCCGGGGGACACCAUCAAGCUCGACCCAUUCUGCGUAGUUCCCUGCGACUGCUACGUGGUUCAAGGCACUUCCACCUUCAAUCAGUCACUGGUGACGGGCGAGGCCUUGCCCAUAACAAAGUCAUUGGGCGACUUCCUACUGGCAGGAACCAAGAAUCUCAACGGAAGUCUGUUAUGCAUCGUCCACAGGGAACGUGAAGAGUCGUUCUAUGCUCAAUUGGUCCGAAGUGUCUCUGAAGCUGGUGCCAACAAAAUAAAAGGCCAAGGCAUGAUCGAUGCGGUAACUCGCUGGUUCUCUCUGGCAGUGGUGUUGCUGGCGAUCUUUUCACCACCCUUGGAGCUGUUCUACCAACAAAAGCGGCACCCAGUCGGGUUUUAUGUGGGAUUAUCGAGAUUUGUCGAGCGUAUAAUGACCAUACUAGUCAGCGCAUGUCCAUGUGCUCUUGGCCUUGCGGUGCCAUCGGCCGUUGUCGCGGCAAUCGAUGCCGCGCAUUCCAAAGGAAUCCUCUUGACCAAGGGAGCCUCAACCCUCCGAGAGCUGGAGCAAGUUGACAUGAUUGUUUUCGACAAGACCGGGACUCUGACUGAAGGAGCCUUCGUAGUUGAAAGCGUUACAUUGCAUCCCACCUGGGAUGGUAAGGAGAUCAUGCUAUGGACGCUGGUGUGCACACUCGAAGAACAAGAGGCAAACGGACAUCCUGUAGGGGUGGCUUUGUUCAAAAAGGGGCUUCAGGAGAUUGGUACCAGGUGGCUAGAUUCCGUCGAUCGGCCAAAAAUAUGUGAGACUGCCACCGUCCCAGGUCGCGGAGUUGUUGGUAAGAUUGGCAUUGAGGAUGCUCAUGGUUCGUCUUCAUGGUAUCGUGUUUUGAUCGGCAGCCAAGAGUUCUUGCGAGAGAAUUCUGUUGCUCCCUGUUGGGACACUUCCCCAGCGACGCCACCAUUGUCAGGUAUCGCUGUACAUAUUGGGAUCAACGGGGUUCUGGUAGCGACAUUAUAUCUACAGGACCGGAUCAGACCGGAAGCAGGAGAGACAUUACGAAAUCUUGUUGAUCGGGGUUAUGGGGUCGCUAUGUUGACUGGAGAUGCUGAAGCUGAGGCGUCCCGAGUGGGGCUUCAGUUAGGGAUACCAGUACUCGCAUUUCGAGCCAGUCCGUCAGACAAGCUUCGACAUAUCCGGUCACUUCAGAAGGCUGGUUCGAAAGUAGCAAUGGUGGGCGACGGCCUCAACGACGCCCCAAGCCUGGCAGCAUCUGAUGUGGGAAUCAUCAUGACUUGUAACUCAUCGGCUGCGACAGUCGGAGGUUCAGUCAUGAUUCUCAACUCUGAUCUCGCGUGCUUGCAAUUACUCGGCACUAUUGUCCAAAAGACAAUGCGCCAGAUCCGUUGGAAUGUCAUUUGGGCCUUUUGCUAUAAUCUCGUUGCCUUGAGUCUCGCCACCGGUAUGGUGAGGCCCCUGGGGUAUACUCUCAAACCGGGCAGCUUUGAUGUCAAUUUCGUCCGUCACAAUGACCAUGCAAUCACUGCGAUUGAGGAGACGGCUACUGGAGGAUGGGCUUACGAUUAA